GAUGAGGGGCGGAUCAUGCCAUGGCAGCGCCGGCGAGCGACAGCAGCGGCGGCGGCGGCCGCGAGCGGAGCCCGACCGGCAGCUCCGGGAGCUCGACAGAAGCCGGGGGCCCCGCGACGGGAAGCCGGGACUGCGGGGACGCGAGAGCCGGGAGCGCAGCCGUGACGGUCCCCGGCCUUCCUCAGCUCGAGGACUACGAGUGCAAAAUUUGCUACAACUACUUCGACGCGGACCGGCGCGCGCCCAAAAUCCUGGCGUGCCUGCACACCUUCUGUCAGGAGUGCCUGAGCCAGCUGCAGCUCCGCGCCGCCGCCGCCGCCUCCACCGCCUCCGCGGCGCCUGAGCGCCCGACGCCCUGGCACGGCCCGCCCGGCGCCAUCGCGUGCCCCGUGUGCCGCCACCGCACGCCGCUGCCCGACAGCCGCGUGCACGGCCUGCCCAACAACACCAAGCUCGCCGAGGCCUUCCCGCUGGCCCUGCGCGCCGCUCACGACCCGCUGCCCCAGGACCGUCUCCCGCCGCUGCCCGCGCGCCGCCCAGCGCCCGCCGCGGCCCAGCCGCCCGCCCCGGUGCCCGCGCCGCCGCCGCCGGCGGAGGACGCAGCCCGCGGGCCCCGCGCCCGCGCCGCCCUGCGCGCCCCGGGCGCCUACGAGAGCUGCCAGAACUGCAAGCGCGCCGCGCUCACCGCCGGCUGCGUGUGCGUCGUCUUCUCCUUCCUCUCCAUGGUGGUGCUGCUCUUCACCGGUCUCAUCUUCGUCAACCACUACGGCAGCGGUGGCCCCCCCGGGAGUGGGGCGCCCCCUGGGGCUGCCCCAGCAGCUGGGACGCCCUCGCCGUCGCCCGUGGGGCCCAUCUGUCUGUCGGUGGCCAGCAUCUUAGCGCUCUUCUCGGUCGUCGUCACUUGGAUCAUCUGCUGGCUCAAGUACCGGCCCGAGGGCGCGGCCGCGGGCUCGGCUGGGGGCGCGGGCGGCGGUGGCCCGAGGGCACGGGCGGCAGCGGCAGGUGGAGCGCGGAGGGGCAAUACGUAGCGGGGUCGACGUCAGGCCUGCAGCCCACACCUUUAGCCCCGCGCGGCCCGAGAGGUGGGGGCCUCUGACUCCGUGCGCUCGAGCUUCAUCGCCCCUCCCUACGGCCCGUGGUCGCGCACCGCUAGACGCCUGGCCACUGCGGGGCGUCGGUUUUCCACCUCUCCGGCCCUUGCCGGCCCGCCUCCUCCGCGCUGGGCCAGAGAGCUAAACAGAGGCAGGCACGCUGGGGAGUCCCAUCUCCACGGACGGUGCAAGAUCAACCUCCGCUUCAUGCACCUCCCUCCUACCCGCCAGAGUGCACUGCCGCCCUCCCUAGGGUACGAGGAUUUGCAGAGAGAGGAGAAAAGAGGAAUGGGACCCUGCCGCCCUGCCUGAAAGCUGGUUUUCUGGUGGCUGUGACUUGAGAGUUUCUUUAAAGAUAAAGGUGCGCGCUCACACGUCUGCAGCAGUUGUGAACGGACUUGAAUUGUCCAGAAGACGAAUGACUGAGAUGUCAACGGGAGAGAAGGGUCUCCCUGCUUCCUCCUGGCAGACCUGGAACGUGCGUGGGCAGAGCGACGCUCCCCGGGGGCACAGUUCGGCAGUGAGUGAGCCGCAGCACCUACCCACCUCCGGCAGCUGCUCCUCAUUGAGCAGGUGCGCGGCGCGCUUGCGCGCUGGGGGCCGCCGGCAGAUUCCGCGGGCGGAGAGGUAGCGGCGCUCUCCAAGCACUGGUUCCUCUGCUUGCGCCCCUCCAAGUACAGAAGUCUCCUUGCCUGGGAAUCUGUGGUUUUAUUCACGGUGUUACUAGCAGGAAGUUAUUUCAUCUUCUGUAACUGGACUCAGGGAGCUUAAAGAGCCCGUUCUUUCUUCCCUUCUCAAAACUGACUGACUGUUGCCCCCACCUGGAAGAUAUUGAAAGCUAUUCGUGCAGAAUACAAACUAUAGACUUCCCCCGCCUUUAAAAUUUUUAUUUUAAAGUAAUUUAUUUUAGAAUACAUAAAUAUGGAAAUUUUGUGCAUUAAAAUUUCCAGUAAAGUCUGACAAGCAGAAAUACUUUCCCCAUAGCUCCAGUCCAGGUACAUUUCGAAAUUAAGAGCAGAAAAUAAAGCUGUGCUGGUAAUUGAUUCAGGAUUUUAUACUGUCAAAGAGCUGACUCUCAAUUAUCUGAUAAAAUAUAGAGCCCAAACACAAAGCUGACAAGUCUUUCUUCCUUUGAUUACCAAUAUAUAUUGUAUUUAUCAGAAAAGAAUAUUAUUUUGAAUUUAGCUGUUAGAUAUUGCUGGAUAUCACAGAAAUGUUAACAUCCCAUAACAUUAGAUGAAAAAAAUACAUAUCUGAUUUUGUAACUUAAAAAAUGAAUUACAAGUGUGUGUUGGAAAUGGAUUAGUCCUUUUUAAAGACAAAAGAAAACCCACUUUUCCAAAUGUAUUUUAUAUGAGAACAUUCUUUAUUCCAUCAUUUGAAAUUUGGAAUAAGACAGUUUUCAUGCCUAAAAAUCACAAAAACAUCACAGAACCUACUGAAGGUAUGCUGUUAUUCCUCAUGUAUUUAUGCAAGCUGUCUGCAUGAUAUCCUGACACUAUUCUAUUAACUGAACUUGAAUGGAGCAUUUGUGUCUAUCAUAGAGUGAAGUAAUUUAUUGGACACUGGUAAGUGGUAUGGCUGCAGCUGAAGAAUUGCAAUAUGGUGUGUUUUAUGUCUUACAUUGUCAAUAAAAACAAGCAUUUAUAGAAAAACCUAUUUGUAUGAAAUUUAUUUCAUAGGAAAGCUGCUCCAAGUUAAUUUUUGUGGCACUUCUAUGAAAUAUACAUCCCCAUCGAAAUCCUACUUUCACAUUUUGAAUGGGGCUAAGAGAGAAAUAAGUCACAUGGGAAUGUAUACUGCUAGGGUAAGCAUUUCAUGGAAUUAUUUCUAGAAUUAACAGGACUCCUGAAGGCCAAGUGAGUUCUGUUUUAUUCUGAAGAGAGAAGCAGCUUACCCAUACACUAC